GAGGCUCUGUUGUAACUGUUGCUGGCAAGGGGUGCCAGGUAGGUGGGGCGGACCGGCUUCAAAAUAUCAGCACCUCUCUCACUUCACAUGCAAACAAUUUGCUGUAGGUGGUCAAACUCAUAACACCAGCUUCACACACUGCCUCACAUUGGGAGCGUACUGCAAGCGAAACAUAGACACAACAAGAGCAAAGAAGCAGUGGAAGAACUUCAUCAUCAGAGCUUCAGAUAUUUAAAUCUCCUGCUUUCACUUUUUGGCAAUAUGACAGGGACAGCUGUGAUACUGAUGUGCCUACUCCUCAUCUUUUCUGUGGAUGCAGAAGACAAGUCAAGGCUGUACCGAAGGCCUGCAUGUGGGGACAUGAGUCUGACUCAUGCAUGCCCCCUCAAUUACUCUCCGGUCUGUGGAAAUGAUGGCAUCACUUACCCCAAUGAAUGUGCCCUGUGUGUGCACAGACUGCAAACCAACACUGACAUCCUGAUUGUGAAAGAAGGGAGUUGCUGAGAAGGACAGGAAACUCCUCUUUCACACGAUCAUCACUUCUGCGUUCGUUGUUUGUGCUUGUUAGGGUGCAUUUUUCUACUCAUAUUUAUACAGUGCUUAGAGCAUGUUAUCGUUUUCUUAUACUCAUGUAGAUGUGAGCACUAUUGCUUAAGUUUGAAC